AUGAGCGGACCGCUCAAGCACGACCACUAUGUUGGUGAGAGUCGGCACGAUGUACAACGCGACGACAACUCGACGGAGGUUGGGGUCGUCAAGGACCAGCAGACGUUCGCCUACUCCGAAGAGCGGAAGAUCGGUGUCACGGGCGCUGUCUUUCUCAUUCUGAAUAAGAUGAUUGGAACCGGAAUUUUCUCGACGCCAUCAGGCAUAUUCCAGUCUACUGGCUCCGUCGGCGUUUGCCUCAUGCUCUGGCUCAUCGGUGGUAUCCUCACAUUCUGUGGUCUAUCAGUGUUCCUUGAAUUCGGCCUUGCGAUUCCACGAUCUGGCGGAGAAAAGAACUAUCUCGAGCGGGCAUACAAGCAUCCCAAAUACCUUGCGACCUGUGUUCUCGCAGCUCAGAUGAUCCUUCUCGGCUUCUCAUCUGGAAAUGCCCUCGCUUUCGGUAGAUACAUUCUCUUCGCUUCCGGGUCAACAGCUCCCGAUGGUUGGAUCGCCCGUGCAAUCGGUAUUGCCGGCGCAACGUUCGCUGUCGGCAUCCACGCCAUCACCCCCAAAUGGGGCGUCCGUCUGUUCAACGUGCUGGGUGUCUUCAAAGUUGCAGUCUUGAUCUUUAUCGUCUUUUCCGGGUUCGCUGCUCUUGCUGGUCGUCGUCGAGUUCCUGACCCUCACAACUUCGACAAUGCCUUCCGCAUCGAGGACGGAGAUGGGUACGGCAAUGGUGGUGUCUACGGAUAUGCGACUGCGUUGCUGCGCAUCAUCUACAGCUACAAGGGUUGGGAGAAUGCCAACUAUGUUGUCGGCGAGCUGAAGAACCCACGCAAGACCCUGGCUAUCGCUGCCCCCAUCGCAAUCGGUGGUGUCACAAUCCUCUACGUCCUUGCCAAUGUUGCCUAUUUUGCUGCUAUUCCAAAGACUGAGUUGGCUAAUGCCGAAGUCAUUGUCGCCGGUGUCUUCUUCCGUAACGUGUUUGGCAACAGCGCCGGCGCUCGGGCUCUCCCGGCCUUCGUCGCCAUCAGCAAUUUGGGCAAUGUGCUUGCGGUGAGCUUCGCCCACGCUCGUCUCAACCAGGAGCUUGCCAAGGAAGGUCUCCUGCCUUUCAGUCGAUUCUGGGCGUCCAACAAGCCUUUCAAUGCUCCUGCUGCAUCUCUUUUUCUUCACUGGAUUGUGACUGUCAUUGUGCUAGUAGCGCCUCCUGCUGGGCCAGCUUACAAUUUCAUCACUGACCUGUACGUUUAUCCGGGAGCAUGGAUUAACGGCUUCGUCGGAAUCGGUCUGCUGUACCUCCAGUGGAACAAGAAAGAGAAUUGGACCUCGCCAUGGCACACGUAUUUCCCCAUUACUAUCCUCUACGUGUUGGUCAAUUUCUUUCUUUGCAUUGUCCCCUUCAUCCCGCCCAAUGGAUCCUGGACCGCAGACGGAUACCCGUACUAUGUGUUCCCGAUCGUCGGCGUUGGAGUGCUGCUUCUGGGAGCUCUUUACUGGUUGUGCUGGACCAAAAUCUGGCCAGCCUUCGGCGGAUAUAAAAUCGUAGCCGAAAGAACAUACGAUGAAGCGGGCAACGAAGUUAUCCGCUACAAAAAGGUCAGCACGAAAAGGUUGUCCGGCCCUGUGGAAUAA